AUCCAACUCACCGUUCAACAGCGGCACGGAAGGAUUUUAGUGUUGCACAGCGUGGUAUUACAUGACCUAACCAAGGUGCAUUUGGUAAGAAUACCUCUUGUUUCUGUGACCUAACAUUGUGUCUCCGAAUAUGAUCAGUUGAUCGGGAUGUCGGCCACAGCAGGACGAGGUCUAAUAGGAGCUGCCUCCAGACGAGGGUUUUCCUUGUUCGGCGCUUCAACACUAAGGUGAGUAAAUCUGAGACAGACUGACAGACACCCUGAGAAGUCAGGAGGAACGUCAUUAAAGCGUGUUCCAUGCUAUGAUGACAUGUUCUGGGUUUUAGGUUGAAAAGAGUCAGUUUCUUUUCUAUCAUUUCAAACCUUGAGGCUGAAGCUGCACAUAUAUCCUCUUUCAUUGACAUACUGAGUUUGGCUUGUUGAUUUAAGCAUCUGUAGUUAAGAGAGCAAAGUUCAUCACCCAAUUCACCUAAGAGAGAGAAAAAAAAACUUAAUCUUUUGGUUGAUUAACCCUAGAACACUGCCGCUAAAAUUAGUACUUGUCAUCAAAAUAUAUCAAAAUAGGACAAUACAUGACAAAUUAGUUUCCUUUUAUCUUUAACUGUGCAAUUUCUAAAGGGAGGGAAAAUGUGCCAUGAGGGGACCAUAUAAAAAUGCAACAUAUCAACUGAAAUUGGGCAUUCAUGAACAAGAAAUUCUAAAUAAUGGUGCUAAGGUUUACAUCAUUAUACUGGAGGAAAUCUGCAGACUUCACACUGGUGGACCAAUAAUAAUACAAAUAUGAUAUGAUCUUGUGGGCCAGAUAGAAUUGUUCCACGGGCCAGAUUUGGUUGCUAGGAUAUUAAUAAAUCUAUUAUUGCUAUGUUUACUAUCAGCAUGAUUGAAGCAUUACAGACAGAUUUGUAUGUUUUCUAAAACUCUGAUGGAAUGAAAUAAUUUGUUCACAGCAGACUGAGCAGUGUACGACCCCUCACUCUGAGCUCACAGCGACCAGCCCACCCCACAAACGAUGAAAACGAGGUGAAAGAUGAGCCCAUCAAGUUCUCCACAAGUAAAGCCAGUUACAGGACCUGGAAAGUGGAUCGCUCAAUGGGUAGCCAAUAUGAGCGGCCCUGGUGGAAGGUGUUGCCCAUCAGCCUGUUGGCCAUCAGUUUUCUCCUGUGGUGUGCGCUGAGAGAGGAGACUGAGAUUGACGCACAACUAGAGAAGCAGUUGUAUGAACAACUUCCAGGUUUACUUGCAAAUGAAGAAGAGGAUGGCAAAAGUUCAAGUUAACAAAUUUGGGACUUGACUGUGUAUAUAGCUUGUAUUUAUUGUCUAAUGUGUGUCUUAUUACAUGCCAUAACUACAGCUCAUUGAUCUGAAUGUGGAGUCAUGCAUUUCUCAUUGGAAAAAAAAAAAAACUAAACAAAAAAAGGUGAUCUGCCCUCUGAAGUUUAGUAUGACUGAUUAGUUCACAGAUUAAAAUGCCUUGAUUUAAACCAUGA